AUCUCGUAACGCCAACGAUUGCCAAAUAUCGAACACAAAAACACACGCACGCACUCUCCCUCACAUUUCAGAGAGAGAGAGAGAAGCCCCAACAACACAGAAGAAAGAAGCCAGUGUCAUCUUUCACUUUCGUUCUCGUAUAAAAAAUUCACACACAGAUCACAUUCAAAACCAAACCGUAAAUUCGAAAAGGGGAAGCACAGACGAGAAUAAAAUUCUUCCAAUUCCCAAUAAAAUCCCCAAUUUCUCUCAGAUCCGGUGCCCUUUCUCUCUCAAAUCCCCCAAUUCUUCCGUUUCCGAUAAAGAUUGAGUUGGGGUUGGGGUCAAUUCAAUUUUCGAGCUAUGGCGUGUAUAAAAGGGGUGAAUCGAUCGGCAUCGGUGGCGCUUGCCCCCGACGCGCCGUACAUGGCGGCGGGGACGAUGGCGGGAGCAGUGGAUCUGUCGUUCAGCUCCUCCGCCAACAUUGAGAUCUUUAAGCUUGAUUUUCAGUCCGACGAUCGUGAUCUCCCUGUAGUGGGUGAGUCCACGAGCUCUGAGAAAUUCAACAGGUUGUCGUGGGCCAGGCCUACUGGAUCGGGGUCUCAGGAGUUCGGGCUAGGGCUCAUUGCUGGUGGACUUGUCGAUGGGACUAUUGAUAUCUGGAACCCACAAACUCUGAUCCGUCCUGAGGCAGGUGUAAGUGCUUCGGUUGGGCAUCUCACAAGACAUAAAGGGCCUGUGCUUGGUCUUGAAUUUAAUGCAAUUGCACCAAAUUUACUUGCAUCUGGGGCUGAUGAUGGUGAAAUUUGCAUCUGGGACUUGGCCAAUCCUGCAGAGCCAUCUCAUUUUCCACCUCUCAAGGGUAGUGGUUCUGCUGCCCAGGGUGAGGUUUCAUUUUUAUCUUGGAAUAGCAAGGUCCAACAUAUAUUAGCAUCCACGUCAUAUAAUGGUUCAACUGUGAUUUGGGACCUAAAAAAGCAAAAGCCAGUGAUAAGUUUUACAGAUUCAGUUAGAAGACGGUGCUCUGUUUUGCAGUGGAAUCCUGAUAUUGCCACUCAGCUUGUUGUUGCAUCAGAUGAAGAUGGUUCACCUGCUCUGAGGCUCUGGGAUAUGCGUAAUGUAAUGUCACCAGUUAAAGAGUUUGUGGGGCACACAAAAGGUGUAAUUGCAAUGUCUUGGUGUCCCAAUGACAGUUCUUAUCUGCUUACAUGUGCCAAGGAUAAUCGAACUAUUUGCUGGGACACAGUUUCUGCAGAGAUUGUCUGUGAAGUGCCAGGAGGCACCAACUGGAAUUUUGAUGUACAUUGGUAUCCAAAAGUACCUGGAGUGAUAUCGGCAUCUUCAUUUGAUGGAAAAAUUGGAAUUUACAAUAUUGAGGGUUGCAGUAGAUAUGGAGUUGGGGAGAGUGAUUUUGGUGGCGGACCUCUGAGAGCUCCAAAAUGGUAUAAGCGGCCAGUUGGUGCAUCUUUUGGCUUUGGAGGCAAAAUUGUGUCCUUUCAGCCUAGUUCAUCUGUUGCAGGUGCUUCGUCUGGUGUUUCGGAGGUUUAUGUACACAGCUUGGUUACUGAGCAUAGUUUGGUGAAUCGCUCAUCUGAAUUUGAAGCUGCAAUACAAAAUGGGGAAAAGUCUUUACUUCGGGCUUUAUGUGAGAAGAAAUCACAGGAGUCUGAAUCUGAGGAUGACCAGGAAACAUGGGGCUUAUUAAGGGUUAUGCUUGAAGAUGAUGGGACUGCAAGGACAAAGCUGAUCACUCAUCUAGGGUUCAGUAUACCUGAGGAAACAAAUGAAAGUGUUCCAGAUGAUCUAUCACAGGAAGUCAAUGCGAUUGGGCUUGAGGAUACUACAGCUGAUAAAGUGGGCCUGGGGAGUGAUAAGGAAGCCACCAUCUUUCCUACUGAUAAUGGAGAAGAUUUCUUUAACAAUCUUCCUAGCCCAAAAGCUGAUACUCCUGUGUCAACCUCUGGUGACAAAUUUUCUGAGGGGGAUACAGUUCCUGUUGCAAAUGAAAUGCAGCAAGAGCCUGAUGGACUGGAGGAGAGUACUGACCCAUCAUUUGAUGAAUCUGUUCAACAUGCUUUAGUUGUCGGAGAUUAUAAGGGCGCUGUUGCAAAAUGCAUUUCAGCAAAUAAAAUGGCUGAUGCUCUAGUUAUUGCUCAUGCUGGUGGAGCUUCGUUGUGGGAGAGCACACGGGAUCAAUAUCUUAAAAUGAGCCAUUCACCUUACCUUAAGAUUGUUUCUGCGAUGGUGAGCAAUGAUCUUUUGAGCCUUGUUAAUACCAGACCCCUAAAAUUCUGGAAAGAAACACUUGCUCUUCUCUGUAGUUUUGCAUCAAGAGAUGAAUGGACUGUGCUUUGUGAUACACUUGCUUCCAAACUCAUAGUUGCUGGCAAUACCCUGGCGGCAACUAUUUGUUAUAUAUGUGCGGGGAAUAUUGAUAAAACCGUCGAGAUUUGGUCGAGGUGUUUGACUACCGAACAUGAGGGAAGAUCGUACGUCGACCUUCUUCAGGAAUUAAUGGAGAAGACAAUUGUCCUUGCCCUGGCUUCUGGGCAAAAGCGAUUUAGUGCAUCUUUGUGCAAACUUGUUGAGAAAUACGCAGAAAUUUUAGCUAGUCAAGGUCUUUUAACUACCGCAAUGGAGUACCUAAAACUCUUGGGUUCUGAUGAAUUGUCACCUGAACUGGUUAUCUUAAGGGAUCGUAUUGCUCUUUCUACAGAACCUGAGAAUGUUUCCAAGAAUGCAGCAUAUGGAAACCAACCUGCAGCAAGUGGGCCUGUAUAUGGGGCUGAUCAAUCUAAUUUUGGUGUGGUUGGGGCCUCUUCUCCAUAUUAUCAGGAAACAGUGCCAUCACAGUUGCAACCAGGUGUUCCCGGAAGUCAAUAUGGAGAAAGUUAUCAGGAACCUGGUAAUUCCCCGUACGGAAGAGGAUAUGGCGCUCCUGCCCCAUAUCAGGCAGCAUCCCAGCCCCAUAUGUUUCUUCCUUCCCAGGCACCUCAGGUUCCACAGGAGAAAUUUUCUGUGCCUCCUGUUUCCUCUCAGCCUGCAGUGAGGCCUUUCAUUCCUUCAACUCCUCCUGUGCUGAAAAAUGUGGAGCAAUAUCAGCAGCCAACAUUGGGUUCUCAGUUGUAUCCUGGAACAACCAUCCCUUCUUUCCAACCUAUGCAACCGGGGCCUGGUUCAGCUGCUCCUCUGACAUCACAAGUGGCUCCAGUUCCUGGAAAUAAGCCACAUGUUGUAGCUCCCUCCCCUCCACCAAGGGGAUUUAUGCCAGUUACUAAUUCGGGAGUUGUUCAAGGGUCUCAUCCGGGUUCACUGCAGCCACCUAGUCCUACUCACCAAGCUCCGGCUCGAGCUUCCGUGGCGGCAGCAGCUCCACCACCCACCAUACAGACAGUUGAUACAUCCAAUGUUCCUGCCCAACAAAAAUCCGUUAUCGCAACAUUAACAAGACUUUUCAAUGAGACAUCUGAAGCGUUGGGAGGUUCUCGUGCAAAUCCUGGCAAGAAGCGUGAAAUAGAAGACAAUUCGAGGAAGAUAGGUGCAUUAUUUGCCAAACUCAACAGUGGGGACAUAUCUAGAAAUGCUGCUGAUAAGCUUGUUCAGCUAUGCCAGGCAUUGGAUAAUGGUGAUUUCGGUAGUGCCCUGCAAAUCCAGGUGCUUCUUACCACUAGUGAAUGGGAUGAGUGCAACUUCUGGCUUGCAACCCUUAAGCGGAUGAUCAAGACAAGGCAAAAUGUGAGACUAAGCUAAGAAGGCUGAGAUUCCCAAGAGUCUGAUUGUUUGGUUCCGGAAUUUUUUUCAUUCUGGUUAUGCUUGGCGCACGGGACCGUAUGUUUUUAUGCAUACAAGAAGGGCAUCUCUAGAUUUUGGCUCAAGGGUUUUGACUAGCUGUCAAUUAACUUUGGAAGGAAAUUAGUUGGUUUGAAAGCAGUUAGUGAAAUAGUCUUUGCACAUUAAAAGACUUCUUGUUGACUCUUUCCAUUUUAUUUUUGUAGUACUUAGAGAUAGCAUUGAUUUUUUGUUUUAUUUUUUGUUUUAUAUAAAUUCAUAGAAUGUUUACCGAGCUGCUUCAAGCUUUCUCUGGUGAUCUGGUAUCAUUUUUGCCAUGAGCAUGAAAUUGUACCACCUUUGUGUUUUCAUUGUAUGAACACAAAAUUAGACUGAUGACUUCAGUUUUGUCGAAAAUGAAUGACCGACUGUAUCAGUUUUAUUUUUUUGGGUCCGAAAGUUGUGUAUCAGUUUAUAAAGAAGAAUUUGCUGUGAA